CACACCUACUCUCGUGGGCCGCCGCUAUUGGACGCGCACUGUCUAAUGAUGUUCAACUUGAAGGCGCAGGUGUCAAAUCGAAACUACCCGCAUGUAAAUAUCAUAUUCAGUUUUGGCAAGGCAAUGCUUACAGAACGCGUAACAAACUGAGAGUUUCGGUGAGCUCUUCCUGUUAUCAAGUUAAACAUAGUCUCUGACGAUAGUGAACUCUGUUUAUUCAUUCAACUUGUUCUAUAAGUAACAGUAACUACAGAUGUGAAAUCUGUCAUGUUGAAUGUACGUGCAGUGAUGCCUCACAUCACGUCAGGUGUGAUCAUGCAGCUGACGCUCCUGCUGUCAGCUCUACCUGCGCAGUAUCUCAUCUCCAAGUGGACAAGCGGCACCGAGACACAACGACACAUCGCCACUCAGAGAAUCCUUGACACAUGGGACUCCAUAAGAAAAUCCUACUUCAACACAGCUGCUUGGGUUGACUGGCUAAAUACCUGGAUUCCCAAACUACCGUCCUUCGGAGAGGAAGAGGAGCAGUACCAAACUCUGGAAGAAGCGCUCGCGAUUGAGCUGAUGAUGCAUGACAAUGAGCACGGAUACUUUGCAGUGUCAAAGGAGGUGCGAAGCCCCAGGCCGGCAUAUGUGCUGCACCGUGUAGGUCAAGUUGUGAUGGAGACACAGAAUCAGAUGGUGGGGGUGAUCAUGGGAUGGGAUGCAGGACUCAGAGCCCCACCAGAGUGGAUCAAGAGAAAGAAAUACUCAGACUCAGAGCUGGAGAGAGCCAAGGACACUCCUCAUUACAGAAUUAUGUUCAGUGGACCUGAUUCUUCAUCAAUACUGAUUGGAUACAUUCCCCAGUAUAAUGUCAAGCUCUUUCAAGGCUUUCAGCCGGACAUACCUACUCUAGAGCACUACUUUUCACACUUCGAUGGGGAAAAGUUUGUUAUGGAGGAAUGGUUGCAAGAAAUCUACCCUCACGACUGAAGGAGUGAAAACUUGAGAGAAGUUUUAAAAACACUUUGAAAUGCUCGGAAACACGCAUGAUGUCUGCAACCCUUUAUUGACAGUAUUGGUUCUUUUAAAGCAAUGGAGGGCUUUAAAAGGUUUGGGGGUGGCAACAAAGACAAAAGGAAGCAAGUCAAUUUGAGAGAUAUACAUGUAAACUGGGUAAUUUCAGUUAUUAAACUUAGUCUUGUGGAAUAUAUGUAAAUAUAUGUUAAGUAGCUUUCUCAGGGCAGAACUAAACACAAAAUGCUGUAUUUAAUAUCACUUUUAUAUUUUUAGAAUAAUUUAAAAUGUCUUGCACACUUUGCAAAGAAUAUAAAGUUGUGAGAAAAAUGACUGUGAUGUUAAAAAUCAAUUAUAGAUUAAAUUAAAUGUUUUAUAAUAUGCAAUUAGAUCAAAAUCCACACAUGUUGAUCUGACUCAGAUGUGUUCCAGAAAAUGAAUCAACUUAACUUUCAGUUAAUAUGAUAGGCUUUAGCCUGAGAAAAACAGAAGGAUUUGUUGUUUAAAACAGUAUUGAGAAUGUGGUAAACAGUGUUCAAAGUAAAUCCAUUAAUACAAACAUGAUUUAUUA